AUGACAAACAUCAAUCGCUUAUCAAUGUCGACAAUGUUCAACGCUUUACACGAAAUCCUGAAUGAGGAGCCUUUGGCAAUUCCUCCUCCUCCUUCACGUGGCGGCUAUUCCUACUUCCACAUCCGUACAACGGAGAUGGAUUUGCAAAGGAUGUUCAACUUCAUGACUGGAAGCGAAGAUUUGAAAGACGACAUCUCAGUAUUAGACACGGGAAUGCUUAAACUCAUGAGGAUGUCAGAUGACAUGGACGUCUUCUUCUUUGUGGCUAUCAUGCGCCUCUUCAUCCAUGUCAUGAUCGACAAAUACGCCUCCUACGUGGCGAUACAGGGGAUGAGAAUUUUUAAACAGGACAAGAGAGAGUUGAUGUAUGAUCACAUUCUUCGAUACGCGCUUUUCCUGGCGCGUGACCAGUAUGGUUGCAUUGCGCUCAACGAAAUCAUAAAAGAGUUGGACGAUCCUUACUAUAGAGACGAGCUCAUGGACAUAGUCUCAAACAACGCUCUUUUGCUAAGCAACGAUGCUUAUGGCAACUUUGUGGUCCAACACGUGCUUAAACUACAUGACUCCCGUUGCACGGGUAACAUUGCUGAUAAACUAUGUGGCUACUGCGUUGAGCUCUCGUUUAAAAAGUAUGGAAGCUACAUCGUGGAGCGACUUUUGGAGGUGAGGGACAUACCAAUGGCAACAAUUGUUCUGGAUCUUUUAGCGUGCAAGACAGAGAUGUUGAUAAGGUUGGCGAGGAGCGAGAACGGGAAUUUUGUGGUGUGCAAAUUACUGGAAUUAACAAAUGACAUUCUCACUGCUGAUCUAUUUUACAGUUUGGUGAAUAAGCUCAGGCCUUAUCGCUUUCUCUUGCAUAGGUUUCCUGAAAGCAAGAUUGUAGCCAUCUUGGGCUCAAUGCGUGUCCCAAACUAG